CUCGAAGCUUUUUUGAGGGGUUGACCCUGACAUUUUCAUUCGCGAUAGCCAAAUAAAAAACACGCAGAACUUGUCCCAAUUUGCGAGAUUUAUCUCAAGUUUUCUCCUUGUUUUAGUGGUCUUCCUCCUAAUUUUGCAACAAUGUCCAGUGUGUACAGUGCUAUAAUCAAUACAGCUGAUAAAUUUGUGCCCCAGAAGCUCGUACCUCUCUGGAAUCAUGCAGCAGGACCAAAGACUGUUUUCUUCUGGGCACCAGUUUUCAAAUGGGGAUUGGUCAUUGCUGGUCUCAGUGACCUUGCCAGACCGGCUGAUCAGCUGUCAGUGGCUCAGUCGGCUUCCCUAUGUGCCACAGGAAUAAUCUGGUCACGCUAUUCUCUGGUGAUCAUCCCCAAGAACUGGGGACUCUUCUCAGUGAAUCUCUUCGUGGCUCUAUCUUCCUCAGUUCAGCUCACACGAGCCUACCUCUUCCAGCAGGAGCAAAAGAAGAAACUCGCCGAACUUCCAGCUCCCACCGAACAAGCCAAGUGACCCAAAGACCAUCCCGUCUAGCUCAAUUACUCUCCAUAUCGCAAUCUGUGUUAAGUCUGCGUAGCGGAAGUCUCAAAGAGGUAAAAAUUUCGAAAUGUUUAUUUUUCUAGACAUGUUAUAUUCACCGCAAGUGGAAGAUGAUUAAAAUUUUCUGUUGACUUUAA